CAAACUCAAAGUGUGCCACUUUAAAAAGGGCACAGAAAUAUGUAAUUAUUCAUACUCUAAUACCAUCCUAGCUGUUAAAUUAAACAGAGCUCGGCUGGUAGUUUGUUUAGAGGAAAGCUUGCACAUUCACAAUAUAAGGGACAUGAAAGUGUUGCACACAAUUCGAGAAACUCCUCCAAAUCCCCAAGGUCUCUGUGCACUCAGUAUAAACGAUGACAAUUGUUAUUUGGCAUAUCCUGGCUCGUCUACUAUAGGGGAAGUCCAAAUAUUUGAUGUAAUUAAUUUGAAUGCGAAGACAAUGAUUCCGGCGCAUGACAGUCCCUUGGCUGCAAUCGCAUUCAGUCCCAAUGGGACACGUAUAGCGACUGCAUCCGAAAAGGGGACAGUCAUAAGGGUGUUCUCGGUGACCGAUGGUACCAAGUUAUUCGAGUUCCGCCGAGGAAUGAAACGUUGCGUUGCCAUAUCAUGUCUUGCAUUUAGUAUGUGCUCUCAAUAUCUGGCGUGCAGCAGCAACACUGAGACCGUGCACGUAUUUAAGCUUGAAGAACCCAGUAGCAGCCCUCGUCGUAGUGUGGAGGAAAGCAGCUGGAUGGGCUAUCUAACAAAUUAUCUACCUUCACAGGUUACUGACGUGUUUAAUCAGGGUAGGGCUUUUGCUACUGCCCACCUACCGUUUUCUGACGUCAGAAACACCAUAGCUAUCACAACAAUUCAAAAUCAGUUACGUUUAUUGGUGGCGUCAGAAGAUGGAUUUUUGUAUGUGUACAACAUUGACGAGAAGGAAGGGGGAGAUCUGACUUUGCUCAUACAGCAUAGGUUGGAUGGUAGGAGCGAGGAUAGUCAGAGGGGUCGUUCCCAGGUAGACGGGGGAGGACUGGGAUCUGGUCGUUCUGAACCUCAGCCUAUUGACAAUCCUGACGGAGGCUCGCCGUUACUAAGUAGCUACGCCGGUAUCCUGAAAGGCAACUCGCCAGGCAUCAUGUCAGAUUCAGAUAAACUUAGAGAAAUGGCGACAGCAGUGGAGUCUCCUCCAAAAGAUGGCUUCCAGUUUAAUGACGAUCAAGAGUACCCCCCGUUAACGCAAAAGUCGGAUUGAGAGACUGGAAUGAAUUAUAACAACGAUGAUGAUAACAGCGACGAUGAAGAAAACUACACUUUUUUAUUCCCUCGGGAUUAUCACAACAAAUACCGAUAUUAUUAUAUGUGCGGAACGGUCAUUCUUAUACACGUUUUAGUGAGAGUAUGUGAAGAGAUUAUUUUUUAUUUAUUCAAGAUAGAUUAUUAUUAAUUAAA